AUGCAGAUGUCUGAUUAUCUAUGCGAAGAUUUGAUUGUUGAAAUAUUUACAAGACUACCACCCAAAUCCCUCAUCCGAUUUAGAUCACUCUCUAAAUCGUUAUAUAGUUGUAUUUCUAGCCCUGGUUUUAUACGCAUCCACACUUUUCGAUCCCCACAAAAAAUCCUCUUCAGACAUCAAAAUAAAGAAGCAGAAUCUUUUUAUACCUUACAUGGAGAGGAGGAAUUGUCAUUGUAUUUGUGUCCCAAACGUGGAUACAUUGGUAUAACAACAACAAUCUCGUUCCCUUCUAGAAAUAAUUUCAGAACUGUUGGUUCAUGUAAUGGAACUUUCUGUUUGCUGUUUAAAAAAUGUGUGACUCUAUGGAACCUUUCAAUCAGGUGCAAACUAAUCGUUCCUGAAUGUCCUCGGAGAUCUGAAUCCUUUUUGGAUGGGAUUGGGUUGGGGUUUGAUCCAAUCAGUGAUGAUUACAAAGUUGUCUGGAUAUCGUAUGUCAAAGACAAUUCAUUUGUUUAUGCUGUGAAGAGUGGCACUUGGUGUGAGAUUGCUUCCCCUAAACAUCAAAAUCAGAUUUCUCGUUUGAGAUAUGAUGCCUUUUUUUUCAGUGGAGUCUUGCAUUGGGUGCUAAUUGUUUAUCAAACAGGAUUACCAGUCAAAAGCAAUUCUUGUAUACUAACCUUCGAUUUGAGCACUCAUGUUUUUGAUAUGAUUCCAUUGCCUACAUCCAAUCGGCAUUGGAUUAUGACAGGAGUAACAAACAUCCAAAGUUCUUUAGGUUUGAUUUCUUAUAGUGAUGAAUUUAAUGAAAGUUGGAUUCGGGUAUGGAGAGAUGAUUCUUGGUCUGGGGUUUUUAAAUUGAAUACGGAUCAACUUUUUGUUAUAGGUGUUUGGCAAUUACAACCGCAACCGACCAACAAUGGUGAUUUGUUGCUGAAUACUUAUUGUCAGGGGCUCCAUGUUUAUAAUCACAAGACGGGGGUGCCAUAA